AGUAAUAAAAUACUGGAUCACUCAAUGGAAAUUCAAAGGGAUAGUGAAAAUUCCCUCUGACUUUCUCAUAACUAUUUGUGCUUUGAACGUUGUAAAAAGAUGAUCGGUUUCAUGGCACAGAAUUUUGAAUUAAUCAGAAUUCUAUUACUCAUUGUGGGUUUGUGGCCUUUACAACAAUCGAAUUUAACACGACUGCAGUUUAUUUUCAUGUCUGCUAUUAUGACAGCGGGUAUUAUAUUUCUGAUGAAGGAUUUAUUGAUACAACUUCAGGAUGUAUGUAACGAAUUAAAAGAUAAAAACGAAAUCGCUAUUAUGAAAGAAUAUGGUUAUAUUGCAAGCUGUUACACAACUGCAUUCACAAUAGCAACCGUUUGUGGCUUGUUUGGUUAUAUUUUUAUGAUAUUUUGGCCGGAUAUUAUGCAUAUUGUAUUACCAAAUGUAACUCAAUCACACCAACUGCCGAUUAAAAUGGAAUACUUUAUCGAUCAAGAAAAAUAUUUCUAUUGGAUUGUGUUAUAUAUCGGUGUGAUAGGAUGUAUCGGGAUGACUUCAAUGAUAGGAAUAGGAUCUAUCCUUAUCAUGUAUCUUCAAUGUACCUGUGCCAUGUUUAGAAUUUGCAGUUAUCGUAUUAGAUGCGCAGUGAAUAUUAAUAUGCUAGAAAAUAUUAACUCUAGAAAAGAGAAUUUAAUAUUAGAAGGAAUAAUUAGUGCCAUAAAUAUACAUCGGCAAGCUAUGAAAUUAUCCAAACUUUUGACGUCUAAAAUUGAGACAACGAUGUGCUGCUUAAUAGUACUCGGAGUGAUUUCUUUGAGUCUUAAUCUCUUUCAAGUUUCUCGGGUUGUUUCAUACGGAUAUGAUUUCAUAGAGUUGUUAAUUCCUCUUGCAUUUGUAGUUAUCGGUAUCUUAAAAAUGUUUAUCGCCAAUUAUGUUACACAGAAUGUAACGGAUCACAACAAUGACGUUUUUGCUACUGUGUAUGACGUCCAGUGGCAUGUAACACCGUUACAAAUACAGAAAGUAAUACUCUUUCUACUGCAAAGAGGAGCCAAAGAUUUUACUUUAGGUGCCGGUGGAUUAUUUGUCGGAUCGUUAGAAUGUUUCACCAUGCUGGUGAAAACUUCAUUCUCUUAUUUUACUGUGAUAUAUUCAACGCAAUAAAAAGAUAUGUUCAAUGUUUUCAAUAUGAAUGAUGUUUAUCUCAAAGAUGUGUACGC